CGGGACUGGCAGAAGCUGAUACUUAAAUUUAUCCGUCUCGACGGUGGCGGAUCGGACGAGGAGCAAGCGAUCGAUCAGAAGAAAGCAAUAUUUGUGAGCCCGGAGAUGGAGGCGGAUCGGCUGGAGACGGCAUCACCCAACCCUCGUCAACGACAUCCGGUUUCAUGGCUUAAGUUCUGCCGAGACACAGCGCUUCUGGCAUAUCAAAGUCUUGGUGUUGUUUAUGGGGACUUGAGCACAUCCCCACUGUACGUGUACAAGAGUACGUUUGUGGGGAAUCUGCAUCACAGCCAAAGCGAAGAGGCGAUUUUGGGUGUAUUGUCUUUGAUAUUUUGGACCAUUACAUUAAUCCCAUUACUAAAAUAUGUCUUCAUCCUCCUCAGUGCAGAUGAUAAUGGUGAAGGUGGAACAUUCGCUCUCUAUUCGCUUCUAUGUCGGCAUGCAAGGGUGGGCCUACUUCCCAAUCAACAGGCUGCGGAUGAGGAACUCUCAGCAUACAAAUAUGGGCAUUCCAGCCACGGCGUUAGGAUGUCCCAACUGAAAACGUUUCUUGAGAAGCACACAAAGCUGCGGACGGCGUUGCUUCUCGUCGUCUUAUUUGGUGCGUGCAUGGUAAUAGGCGACGGUGUCCUCGUCCCUGCAAUUUCUGUUUUGUCAUCCAUGUCAGGUCUGCAAGUCCGUGCCAAAAAUUUGUAUGAUGGUUCCCUUUACCGGUGUUCAGGUGAAGUUGUGAUCCUUGCAUGUGUCCUUUUGGUUGGCUUGUUCGCUCUGCAGCAUUAUGGCACACAAAAGGUGGCUUUCAUGUUUGCGCCCAUCGUAAUUUUGUGGUUGCUGUCUAUCGGAUCUAUUGGCAUAUACAACAUCAUUGUCUGGAAUCCAAGGGUAUACCGUGCUCUUUCACCAUAUUACGUUUACAAAUUCUUCGAGAUCACGGGAAAAGAUGGAUGGACUUCACUUGGAGGGGUUCUCCUUUGCAUUACAGGUACCGAGGCAAUGUUUGCAGAUCUUGGACAUUUCACGCCAGUGUCGAUUAGGGUUGCAUUUAUUGGAGUCAUAUACCCAUGUUUGGUAUUGCAAUACAUGGGGCAGGCUGCUUUCUUGUCUAAAAAUCUAUCUAACAUACCAACAAGUUUUUAUAACUCUAUCCCAAGUAAGAUUUCCACCGGUCUUCUGGGGUAUGAUUCAGCUUCCUUUCUGCUAAUUUUGACGCAUUCUUGUGUGAUCAUCUCUACAGAACCUGUGUUUUGGCCAGUCUUCGUAAUUGCCACGCUUGCUGCUAUUGUCGCAAGCCAGGCAGUGAUAUCUGCUACAUUCUCAAUCAUCAAGCAGUGUCAUGCCCUUGGUUGCUUUCCAAGAGUAAAGAUUGUUCACACAUCGAGUUGGAUACGUGGACAAAUUUAUAUUCCAGAAGUUAACUGGAUCCUAAUGGUUCUUUGUAUAGCUGUUACUGUUGGUUUCCAGGAUACCACCUUGAUUGGAAAUGCUUUUGGAAUUGCUUUUAUGUCUGUGAUCUUUGUUACAACAUGGCUCAUGGCGAUCGUUAUAAUUUUCAUUUGGCAGAAAAGAAUCAUUCUGGCCUUUGCGUUUCUUCUCUUCUUCGGAUCAAUUGAGAGCUUUUAUCUGUCUGCCACGGUAAUGAAAGUGCCCCAGGGUGGUUGGGUGCCCAUAGUAUUAUCUGGAGUGUUUAUGCUUGUCAUGUAUACUUGGCACUACGGCACUAGGAAGAAGUAUCUCUUUGACCUGCAGAACAAAGUCUCCAUGAAAUGGAUACUCGAUCUUGGGCCAAGCCUUGGCAUUGCACGAGUGCCCGGCAUCGGUCUCAUAUACUCUGAACUGGUGACUGGCGUCCCGGCCAUAUUUUCACAUUUUGUCACCAAUCUUCCAGCAUUCCACAGAGUAUUGAUAUUCGUCUGCAUAAAAUCUGUCCCUGUACCCUAUGUUUCUGAUGAAGAGCGUUACCUCGUUGGCCGCAUUGGCCCAAAGGAAUAUCGUAUGUACAGAUGCAUCGUGAGGUAUGGUUACAAGGAUGUCCAGAAGGACAGUGACGACUUUGAGGAUCGGCUUAUUAUCAGUAUUGCAGAGUUCAUCCGGAUGGAAGCAGAUGAUUCUCAAUCUUCCAGUUAUGAGAGUACAUACGAUGGAAGGAUGGCAGUAGUAGGGACACAAGCAAGAUCCAGCUUGAGCCUGGUCCCUUAUGAACAGGAUGAGGCGAUGCAAAGCACAAGCAGCAAACCACCGACAUUGCAGAGCUUGCAAUCGCUCCAUGGGCGCGAGUCGCCACAGCCCAACAAGAGGGUAAGAUUCGAAUUACCAGAAGGCCACAUGGAUCUAACAGUGAAAGACGAGCUGAUGGAUCUCAUUGAAGCAAAAGAUGCAGGAGUAGCAUACGUAAUGGGCCAUUCGAAAAUCAAGGCCAGGAAGAGGUCUUCAUUCUUCAAGAAACUAGCAAUCGACAUCGGGUACUCCUUCCUUCGUAAGAACUGCAGAGGGCCUUCUGUCGCGCUGAACAUACCACACAUCAGCCUCAUUGAAGUAGGCAUGAUCUACUACGUAUAAGUGUGCGUACGUUGUCACGCUGAGUCACCGACUAAAACCUUUAACCUCGUCUUACGUUUUCCUGUACCUUUUUUUUUUUUUCUUUCAGGAUCCUUAAUCCCAAAAAAUGGGCUUCUCGAAGCAUUUGUACAAAUCUCACGAAUACAUGCCUUGAAAACAGGUUUUAAGCUUACAAAGUCAACCACGACCAAUGACAAUCUGACUUUUUCAUUGUCUGGCA